AUGGCAGAUUCUCCAUUAUCUCCAGAAUUACCGACCCUUCAAGAUCAAGAAUUUCCUGAAAAUUCGCUUCUGAACCAAUUGUUAGAUAUAUGGAUAAAUAUAUUGUCUCAAAGUACACAUACACAACAAUUGCUUUCAGAUCCAUCAUGGCAAGGUUCUUCGGCGGAAACACAGCGCGUAUUAGAAGAACAGGCAAAAGAACGAGAACGUCAAGAAAAGUUAACACGAUUACAGCAAGAACGACUUGAGACACAUGAAAUUUGA